AUGAAACUGUUUCCACUCGGUUUCUUCAUAAUUUUUGGCUUCUUAGCUUCAAAAUCUAAUGGCCAACAGAUGUAUGCAGGAAACUCGGUUUUGGACUGCAAUAACACCGAUGAAACAGGCCCAAAUCCAGCUUUUCUUUACUCCUGCAAUGGUGAAAAUCACACCUGUCAAGCAUUCCUGAUAUUCAGAUCUCAACCCAAUUACAAUUCAGUAACCACCAUUUCAAACCUCACAUCCUCAAACCUCUUGGAGCUGGCUAGGAUCAACAACAUCUCGAGUUCUAUGCUCGUGCCACAAGACAAAGAGGUGAAUGUUCCGGUAACUUGUCACUGCUCAGGUUAUUACUAUCAGGCUAAUUCAUCUUAUGUUAUUCAGAGUGUUUACGACACCUAUUACACAAUCGCAAACAACACGUAUGAGGGGCUAACCACUUGUAAUUCACUCAUGCGUGAUAACGUGUAUGGUGAAUUCGACUUGGUUCCUGGUUUGAAUCUGCGGAUACCACUUAGAUGUGCCUGUCCUACAAGCAAUCAGACUGAGAAAGGCAUAAAAUUUCUGCUUACAUACUUGAUUACUUGGGGAGAUAGUAUUCCUAAUGUGAGUGCAAUUUUUAAUGUAAGUAGUAUUAGCGUAGCUUAUGCAAAUGGAUUCUCUGAAGAAGAUCCACCUCUAAUUCCCCUACCAACUGGACCUUUGAGCUCUCAAACAAGAAUUCAUGAUCCUCCCGUCGUUUCUCUUUCAUCUACUCCAAGCCAAAGGAACAGAAAGUUGAAGAAAAGACUUUAUAUUGGUAUUGGAGCUGGAGUUGACCGAGUGUUAAAAUUUUAUAAAUUUGAAGAAUUAGAGGCAGCUACUGAAAAUUUUAGCUCCCAAUACAGGUUGUGUGCUUCUGUUUAUCAAGGGGUUCUUGGUGGCAAAACUUUUGCCAUCAAACAGAAGAGCACAGAUGUAUUGAGAGAGGAGAAAAUUCUUACGAAGAUCAGCCAUUUCAACCUGAUCAGCCUUUAUGGCGCAUGUGAGCAUCACGGAAUUUUCUACUUGGUUUAUGAGUUUAUGGAAAAUGGGUCCUUACAGAGAUGGCUCAGCCAAAAGAGUUUCCCUGAAGUCGAGAGUUGGAACCACAGGAUUCGAAUUGCUUUAGACAUUGCUAAAGGGCUUGAUUAUCUUCAUAACUUAGCAGAUCCAGCGUAUGUGCACAAGGACAUUAAUAGUCGCAAUGUUCUACUCAAUAGAGAUCUAAGGACCAAGAUCACAAACUUCAGCCUUGCAAGAUCAGCAGAGACCGGGAGAAAGUGA